AGAUGUUUUGUUUUGUUUAUUGAAAAAGCAGCUCCGUGAAAGCUGCUUUCGGUACAGUGUUCUUACUUGCGGCAAUGGGGCAAAGUUAACGGAAGCCGUGUUCCGAGCCGCGAAGUCACUUUCGUGCAAGUUAGCGAGCCUGGGUUGAAUCUCAUUUCCGCCAAGCAAACGCUAGAAAAGAUACGAGGCGAGAAAUUCUCGUUGACCGACCUUAGCUGUUGGUGUUUCGUGUCAACCUGCUGAUAUGUCACACCCCAGACGAGGCAGCGCCUUGGCCGAGCUCGGUGUUCGUGCGAUCGAAUUAUAGCUGGGGAAGUGGCCCGGAACAUUUUUCGCUGUUUUCCCGUUAUUGGCGUCGGCGCGCCGAUUGAACGACCAUGUUUAACGGUGCCGACGUACUCGCCAGGCGCACGGCACAGACCACGGCGCCCAACUUACCGCCGAUGUUCCCGUUCUGCGACCACGCGCCCAACUCCAACCAGAUCGUCGUAAGACAUCGGCGCACCAGCUCCUCUGACGACCUGAGGUUCGUCGAGGACGAGCGACAGCAGUCCAUUUCGUCUUCGCUGUCGUCUUCGUUCGGGUCGUUGUUCAGCGCUUCGGUACCUGUACCAACGUCCGCGGCCGCAGCUUCAGAACAGCGUCCGCCGUCGCCAGAAAAGGUCAAGACUAAGUUGAUGUCGGUGUGGAACAACGUUCGCUACGGCUGGACGAUGCGCAAGAAGGCCAACUUCAGCGACGAAGAGGCCAUCUGGCUUUUGGGGAUCAUGUACCACCGAAAGAUACAGACGAAGCGUUCCGCACCCCUGUGGCCGUCCGUGGCCUCGCAGAAGCCCCGGAGCCCCGUGGCGCACGGGUCUAGGACGACCAGGGGCCAGGCGGCGGUGACGCAGGAAGACGACGGCCGGCUCGCGAGCUACGAACUCUUUCUGGAGGACUUCUCGAGCCGCCUGUGGUUCACGUACAGGCGCGAGUUCCCGCCCAUCCCGGGCACGGACAUCACGUCCGACUGCGGUUGGGGUUGCAUGCUUCGCAGUAGCCAGAUGAUGCUCGCGCAAGCCGUCGUGACGCACGUACUGGGCCGUCAGUGGCGCUACCGCAGGAACCAGACCGAGGCUUCCGACUACGUCCACCGUAAGGUCGUCAGGUGGUUUGGUGACCGGAUGGCCGACACGAGCCCUUUCUCGCUGCACAAGCUGGUGCAGAUGGGCUACGAGAGCGGCAAACAGGCGGGCGACUGGUACGGUCCAUCCAGCGCCGCGUACAUCCUCAAGGAGGCCCUGGAGGGUGCCCGCCAGACGGAUCAGCGGCUGUCAGACCUGCGCAUCUACGUCGCCCAGGACUGCACCAUCUACCUGGAGGACGUGCGGGCCCUGUGCAGGGACACCAGGUCCGAUGGGACACCGCUGUGGCGCUCUCUCAUCGUCCUAGUGCCCGUGCGCCUGGGUGGUGAACAGUUGAACACCACAUACAUCCCGUGCGUCAAGGGCAUGCUCUCACACCCCAACUGCAUAGGUGUCAUAGGAGGCCGACCGCGCCACUCGCUCUACUUUCUAGGAUGGCAGGGUGAAAAGGUGAUCUACCUGGACCCUCACUAUGUUCAAGAAACAGUGGAUGUAGGCCCACCCGAUUUUUCCCUAGAUUCCUUUCACUGUUCGUGGCCACGCAAGAUGUCCUUUUACAAGAUGGAUCCAAGCUGCACCAUGGGUUUCUACUGCAAAACGGAGGACGAGUUUGAUCAUUUUGUAAAGGAUGCCAAGCAGUUGGCUGUGCCGACGGAGUCGCGGCACGAGUACCCAGUCUUCCUCGUGUCCGAAGGUAGCUGCGCAGAUCACACGGACACAUCGGAAGCUGGCGGGACGAACUUUGCCCAUUACCUUCAGGGCCCAAGGGAGAGCCUGGACCACCGGCACUCCGAAGAGUACAUCAUACUCUGAGCAUUGAUUUGGACUAAAUUCUAUCGUUUGCCCAGUGCCUGCUCAUCCCCUUUGCUGCCAUCUCGGCUGAAAAAAUGCCGACCGUAAAUAUGGGUUUGUCUAUCAAUAAAACAAAACCACACAUCAUGUGACCUCUGUAUCUAAUAUUAUCCCCUCUAUAGCAUGUAUUAUAUAAAAAUUUAGGCCUUCCUUGUAAGAACUUCUGUUAUUAUGCUAGACAUCUUAUGUGAUUGUCUGGUUGUACUGUAUGAUACUGCAUACAUGUGCGCCUCCAUAACCUCCAGACAUGAUAUUUCGAACUUUUUUUUCCCAUUUUUACAUUGCUUAAUACUGUUAUCACAUUGUGUGACCAUGCGUGAUUACUCGGAUAUCCAAACGGAAUCGUCACGUGUUCUUAACCAGGAUUAUGUUUUGGAUACACUACAAUAAAAAAAAGCACCUGUGUAAUCCAACGCCUCUAUUUAUAUCGCCUUCUAUUUCUGGUAUAAAGAAGUUUUUAUUCAGGAUUUUUAGUAGAAAUACUUUGUGAAAUUUCACUACACGGUAAUAAGGAAUUACGGCAUACAUAGGUCACAUGGUGUGUGAUUAUUAAUAGGGUUGCAGCUUCGUGGCCGCAUAUAAAACUGUGCAGAAACUGCAUUACCUCUUGCCAAGAUGACGGGGCACAGUUGAUGUUAAGGCAAGUUGACGAUCUUGCAGUGCGGCAGUAAAAAGGAAACCAUCAUAGGGAAGCCUGGUUUCAGCAUUUCAUCGUUCAUUUGCCUUUUGUUAUAAUGCAAGGGAACUGGUAAGGACCAGUGCUUGCGUAACUGUGCUGCAUACAUGCCAAGGUAUGCUGGUAUUGUGCCACCACUAUUUUGAGAGCACUGUGGAACUGUAAAGAGAGAGCUACCGAUCUUCUAGUUAUAUACUUCUAUUGUUUAUGUUGGUUACGUUAAAUAAGUUUAUAAAUGAAACUUUCCCUACCAUACCUUCCCCCACCUUUUUGUUUGUUUCUUUGCUAGAAGGUCUGUUGUUUUAGGUAUAAAUGCUUGUUUCACCAAAGUAACUUGAAAUAAAUAAUUAUAGUGUAUGUUGUUGCGAUGUAGUGGACUGAAAAAUUCUUGCUGGGAUGCAUGUGUGGCAACGUGUUGUAUCUGCACCGCUUUCAUUACAGACAUGAAAAUGGCCAUGGUGAUAUAAUGCUGUUAUGUACAAAGAAGUACAAUUUAAUGCUAUGUUAUUCCAGAGGUACACAUUAAUUGUAUGUUAAUCUCGAGAAACGUUAUCAAAUGCCAUAUUUUAUCCAGAGGAACAUUACAAGAGGCAAUUUUGAUGCAAGAAACACUUUUUUUUUAUGUUCUUUGAAUCGUUAUGUAGAGGGAGCUUUGACGCUAUUUGGUAAGCUCACCAGAUGCAUCGCACCUUUGUGAAGUGCACACAUUUAUGUAUCGCAGCCAUUAGCGAGACCUUUAGUUCACUACUUUAGUCGGCCAUCGUAAGUGUCACAGUGCAUAUUUUUACACAUCUUUUGAUUCUAUGGGAUAUUGAUCUAAACACUUUUUCAUAAGUUUUAUUUUCAAGGUUUUAUUGUUACUUUUAAAAUCGACAAAACAAGCUGGUCGAAUGUUUAGGAGAGUUUUAUAUUUCUCGAGUGUUGCGAGGAGUUGAAGCACGUUUGACGCAGAUAUCCAAUGCUGACCUUGUCUUUCAAUUUUCCUUCGCAUCUUUGUCACACUGAGAUCAGGAUCUCUGUCGAUGCUGCUUUUGAGGGGGUCCCUCCAACACAGAUUAAAAUGCUGAGUCUCGUUUCUUAUUUGUGUGGUGAUGUGAUUGUAGAUAUUCAGCAUUUGUGUCAGCUACAGUGCUAAAUUACCUGGACGACGUGCAAGAAUAGCCAUGUAAACUUGGGUUUAGGUGCUUACGUUAAACAUUCCCAGAUGGUUCUGGCAUGUAAAACACUAGUUUAAAUAAAGGGACUCUAAUUUGAGACAGUGAAUAAGUUCACGUUGAUAAGUUGUACUGUGAGAAUUCUUAUGUCAAUUUCAUCAUUUUAAGUUUAUUAAUAAAAGUGAAAAUCAGGGUCAAAGUUUAAUUUUCGAAUUUCGUGUUGAAAUCGCAGCAUGUCACGUCACCGGUUUCUAAGUGUCAUUCAUAUCUUGCCAACAUUGACUCAACGAAAUUUUGCGCGACUUGUUAUAUGAAGUCUAUGGCCCUCUCGGAGGACACUGUACUCUGUUUUUACUGAUUAGGACGUGCUCAAAACUCGUAACCCCAGGACAUCCUUUGGUGCUGGAGCAUCAAUAGGGCAAUGACAUCCACAUUUUUUUUUUUACAUGUUUUCUCGCUUGCCCAGCAUAACGUGGCAGGCACGGUGAUCUAGGAAUUGUGAAAGAGUAAUUUACUAAUAUGAGAGAAAUCCUCUAUCUUUUUAGUGUCUCUUUUAGCUCUUCAUUUUGUCCGACAAAUAAAGAUUUUGUCGGUGGGAACACCAUGUCGUGAUGUCUUCUCACUGCUCAUGGAAAUAGAUGCCAACGUCAUCAAUAGUGCCUUUACCUCUUUGUUGAAUAUUGAUAAAUUUUACCUUUUUUUUUUUCAUGAGCUCUCACAAUUUAUGUAUGCACUUGAGGAAUGCUGAAAAACAGUACACUCAAACCUCGUUAUAUAACAAGUCACACCUACAACGAGAAUACUUUGUUAUAUUCGAAAGUUCUUUAUAAACGUAUAUUCUUAAAGUUGUAUAUAUACAAAACUGUUCUUCACUUCGUUAUAACUGACAGUUUGUUAUAUACGAGAUCGUUAUAUCGAGGUCUGGGUGUAUUGCUGUUAGGUAUAGUAUAGAGGUCCUUGAAGACAUCUUGAAGAAUUUGUGAGCCUCUAGGAACCUAAUGGAUUAUGCCAUAUUUGAUGCUAAUCAAAAUACCACAUGCAGGAACAAGAAGUUAUGCACUAACAAAAAAAAUGUGGCUGAUGCUUGAAACAACAAAAGACUUGUCUUCUUGCAACAUUCAGAUGUGGCAUUACUGUUUAUUUCAGUCUUUCUCCCAAACAGCUUUGGUUUGAAGGAACAUUUGUAUGACAUCGCUUCUAACUGCUGGGGUACUGGACGAUCGCGUACAAGGCAACGGUGGCAUGUAAGCUUGCCGCAUUUUCUCGCGUGUAACCCACAUCAAAAAACAGAAAAAGAGUGCUUAAAUAGUGCGGGUGUGAGUUAUGUGUAUGGUUUAUAUGCUUUUUCUUUUGUAUACCAAGUUAGGGGUGCGGGCUAUGUGUUGGGAAAUACAGUAAUUUGGUUUGAGUGGUCAGUCAGAAUUUUGUACUGUGUUGCCAUGUGCCAUUCUAAAACUCUUUUCACAUCUUUCACCAAGCAGCUGGAGAUAAGGCAAUCAAGAUAAAGUGCACCUUAUCACUGUGCUAGCUGUAAUUGAUACAGCCAGCUUUAUCUAUGACAUUGUGGCACCAUUUGUUUACAUUCAUUGAAAUCAGUCGGCCAGCAGAAAGUGCAUUAUUAUUUACUCACAAAGAUCUUUGAGACAGACUUUACGUAAUUGAAAGCACCUUGAUCACUUGUUUUCAUUUCGAAUUUCUUAGAUUGUCAACUGCUGUCUUGUUGUUUUUUUUAGAUUCUUUCUCACUUUGUUGCACCUCUUGAAAUACAAGGUAAUGAUUUGACGGUAGUGCAGUACUUCAUAGUGGGUGUUUGUAGCUUUAUUGUUUGUUUAUUUGUUUGCUUGUUUAUUAAUACUGUCAACACCAAGCUGGGUUUUUCACAGGACUGGAAAACACAUGCAAUGAAUAGCAUACACUUAAAUGCUGAAAAUUGAAGGGAAAAAAUAAAUAAAAGAAAUGGGCAUGAAAUACAUUACAAAAUAGAGAUAUACAGCGAACAAAGGCAUUUACACUAUAAUAAAUAAACACAGGCAUGUACAUUUACAUUCUGCACAUUGAAAACAAGAAUUAACAAAGAUUGGGCUACAGGCAUGCAGUUUUAUUGAUUGUUAUUGCCGUAUCGAGCCUAUUACUUUUAUUGCCGAUCAAGCCUAUUUACUGUUAGCCAAAUCCACCUUACUCUUAUUGCUUAUUUCUGACAUUUAAACAGAUUUGGUUUGCUGUAGGUGUGAUCUAGCUUGGGAAUAUCUUCACUGCUGUCAUUUUCACAACGUAGCCAUUGACUGCAGUUGACAAAUGUUACUUCAAACGAGCAUCGACACAUUGAUUUUGGCUUGUUAUUCUUGCGUUAAGUGAGUCCGAGCACUCAGCAGUUGAGCUGGGAGCCCUAUAUAAUACGACAAAGUAUUUGUUUUUUUAAGAUUGCCGGUGGUGUGCAUCAUGACGCCAUGACUCACUGCCUUCAAAUGGCCGUGAAACACAAGAGCAGCCUGAAGAAAUACGUAAUGCUAGGUAGCUUUUGUUUUGUUUUUUAAUACUAGGGCUCAUUGCUGCACUUUUGUAAAUCUUGCACUGUGCCACAUUCAUUAGCAGCAGAGAUAAACGUUUCGCAAGUUCUGUCGCGGUCAACUGCGCGAAACAAACUAAACACGAGGAAAAGUUGACAGUUCUGACAGUAUCACACCUUAACAGCAUACCAUAUCCUCGAGUGCAUGGAACUUGCUGACCUAUGCACACUCCUCGAAAGAAAAAAAUUUUUAAAUGUUAUGACGCACCCUGAAUAUUGCCGCGAAGCAUAGAAAGCAUAGAAGCAUGGUCAUUAGCAUGUUCUUAAGACAAACUGUGUGCAAUUAUUGCACAAUGCCUCAGAAUUGGGAACCUGUGAGCCCUGGAUAUUCAGCGCACCGAAAUUACUCAAGUUUCAAAGUUUCAAGUAACAAAAACUUGUGAAAGAUAUUCGCUUCCACAUUUCAUCGCAUAUGUUUUUUAGCAUUUGUGGGUUCAUACUGUAAAAAAGUUAUGAUGUGUAAAGAGUUUGAGACACUCCUUUCAACUCUUGUGGUGGCCAAAACACCGUAAUUUUAAGCUCCAGUGCCAAAGCUAGAGCUUCUUUACAACCUAAUAUCGUUCUGAAUAAAAAUUUUGUUUUGCGAAGUGAGUGCAGGUAUGGUACAGAGGCUAUCGUGCUCCUUUCACGCUAUUGUCUUCGAACGUGCAGUACCAGGAUAAUGUAAUGUUUCUAUCAGCCUAUUCUUUACAUGUUUUGCCACCAGGGUCUUCAUUUUGCAGUGUGAUAUCUAUCAGUGCUCUUUGCAGUUGCCCGAGUGAUGGUCUGCUCUCAUUAUUCGUGACCUCGAGUGACAGAUCAUAUCGGCAUAAAAAUGUUUGGAGGAAAUUGCUACAAAUUAGUGGCCCGAGUUAGCCAGCUGUUAGUAGUGUACAGUAAGAAAGCAAUUGAACUUAGCUAGAGGAAUUCACACAUUGUACCGGCACAUGAGUUUAUGCUUCUUGUAAAAGCAUUUUUAUGCCCUUUUGUGGUUCUUUUAUUUAUAUUUUUCCCCUGAGUAGCACCGAUGAGCAGACUUCUUCCGUGACUACUUUUUUAUACUUUUGCCUCGGAGUCAUUUUGUUUAACAUGAUAGUGAAAAGUCACCAAAUCAUGGACGCCUUCUAAGUGUUAGUUAUUUGUAGUGAUACGCAGGUUGAUGGAAGCAAAUUUCCAGAUGCUCAGAUCAUUGCAUAUUUCGUCCGAAGAAGCGCGAGCUAAUCGCUAGAUUCAAUUCUUUUUUGCUGUCAAUGAUAUAGUUCUAGUCACUGCCUUUUUGCGGAAACGUGUCCGUGGUGUUGUGGAGGACUUCUCGAUUCACCUCCGCUGAGCUACAACUGUAGUUAUAGUAGCUGCUUUCCUAUUGUACCCUGAAAUAUAGGGUAACAUGACACGAUGUGUUGCGUUAUGAAAUCAAGAGUUUCAUUCACUGCAUUAACAUUCUAGACUAAGCGCUGUAUACAAUCUUAGCCGAGUAUUUUCGGUUUUCUAUGUGUGGUAAAGAAACGACUACAGUGUGACAAACAGAACCAUGCAAAGUAGUUGGAAUUUUUUACAUCUUCUGAAGUGUGAUUUUGCUGCACAAAGACGGAUCUUACAAUACAUUACCUGUUGUUAAUAAAGGGUCUGAACCUCGUUUAUACACAUUGCUGUUGCCACAUGGUUGUGAUAAUGGGCAUGUCACUGGAAACAACAGUGUCACUGAUUCUGUCUUCAAGUGUACUGUGUUAAUUUUUUUAUAUGUUGGAAUAGUAACUGGCCUCUUGUAGAAGCAAGAAACACUGUAGGACCACUACACUUACAUAAUGCAGCUGAAAAUGCUAUGCCAGUAGAUAAGUUUAAGCCAGUCAUACACAUGGCAAAGUACUGCACAUGUAAUGUAGGAAAUGUGGUUUUGGCUCCUAUUUGUGAUAGGUUGCCUUUUCGUUAACUUUUGUGUCUAUUUCCCUUAAUGUUUCUGCGUCUUAGUUAAGCGUAAUAGCCAACUCCCCAUAUAACUUUUAUGACUUUGUCAUGUGCUUGCUUCUUGUGGCCAUAACUGAAAAAAAAAAAUUUAAUACCUCUGUACCCCUUAUCUUUCUUGUUCACUACUGAAGUGUGUUGCACAUUUCUGGGUCAGGUGGUGGUGGCAGAGCUACACUGCUAAAGAUGAAAGCUACACUGCUAAAGAUGAAAUACGCUAAUAACCAGCACCUGUUGCUUAGCAACAUGAAUCUAAAAGAGUAAUCGCUCUUGUAGGUAAAGCUCACUUUGAUGGACAUUUUUUUUGUUUCUUCUUCUUUUCAGGAGCACAUGAUACCAAUGCUGACAUUGCUUAUGUCUAUUUAAUGUAUGCACUGUCCGUGUUCUUGUUUCUCAUGCCCUAUGUGUUCAGCGAUGAAAUAGUAGCAACUAUCUUGAUAACAGAAAGCCUUAGUACUCCAUACGGUAUGUAGGAGCACCACGUAUCACAUGGUGCGCAUGAGCAGAAGUUCUGUGCACAUGCUCCAUGCGAAACAAUGCACUCUUGCGUACGCGACACCACUACGGACGCUACUAACGCAAUAUUGAAACUCGAUACUGCACGUUUUUAAACUAUAUUAAAAGAUGUAGUCUCGAGACAUAAGUGCGCCCCGAAUAAUAUGUCGUCUUUUGGAAUGUUAAGUGUAGCAAGGGGUUUCAUUGCUCGGUCUUUUUGUUAUGUUAUUUUCAAUGCUACACGUAUAGGAAACAAUUUAUCCAUUUUCUUGUGCAAUGUUGAUUUUACAUGGUGUAAAGAAUAUAUAAUAUCUUAAUAUGUCUAUUGUUUAUCAUGUGUUAUGAAGAUGCCUCUAUAUUUCUGGUGCAACCACCCAUUAUACAGUAAAUCAAUUACUAAUAAAACUGAGGGACA